AUGGGGGUGCUGAUGUCCAGGAGGCAGACGGUGGAGAGGGUGCAGAAGGUCAGCUUGGCCGUGUCAGCCUUCAAGGAUGGGCUGCGGGAGCAGCCAUCGACACGGCGCCGGGCGGAGGCGGGGACUGCACGCCAGGGGACGCUGGAGCAGGAGGUGCAAGAGGGAGAGGAGGAAGCGCUGGCAGGACCUUCCCAGCCGGAGGAGAGCAGUGCCAGCAAGGCAGCCUGGGAGCGGCUGCGGGAUGGCCGGGGCGUGGAGCCAGAGGAGUUCGACCGGGCCAACAGGUUCACGCCACCAGCCUUCAUCCGGCCCAAGAGGGAGCUCCACGAUGAUGAGCCCCCGGACAUCAGCCUGGAGCAGAGGGAGCAGAUCCAGAAUGAUGAGAUGUGUGAGAUCUGCGAGGUGUGGACAGCCGAGAGCCUCUUCCCCUGCCGCAUCUGCCGCCGGGUGUACCACGACGGCUGCCUGCGCCGCAUGGGAUACCUGCAGAAGGACAGCGCCGUGGAGGUGACAGAGACGGCGCACACCGAGACGGGCUGGAGCUGCUACUACUGCGACAACCUCAAUCUGUUGCUGACAGAGGAAGAGAUGUACAGCCUGAUGGAGACCCUGAAGAACUGCAAGAUCAUUCCAGAGAGCUGCCUGACCCUGGAUGACUUCCUGCACUACAAACACCAAGUGCACAAGCAGCAGUUUGAGCGGACCAUGCCUGAGGCACAGGAGGAGCAGGCAGCCCUGCAGUUCAAUGCCCUGGACCCUGACAAGAAGGGGCACAUUGAGUGGCAGGACUUCCUCUCCCACGAGUCCAUCCAACUGCUGCAGAAAAUACGGCCACAGAAUGCCCUUCUGCGGCUGCUGACACCCAAGGAGCGGGAGCGGGCACGGACAGCCUUCCUGGCCCUGGACCAGGACAAUGAUGGCUUCAUUGGGGAGGCUGAGUGCCGCCAGGCUCGGCACACCUGGUUCCGCAAGCACCAAAAGGAGAUGCUGUCCUGCAAUGUCAGCAUCAGCCAUGUGGGGCCCAUAUCAGAGGGCAGCCCCGCCAGCAGCAGGAACGGGAAGAGCCCGGAGAAGAUCCUGCCAGCCACAAAGCAGGAGGAGACCAGGAGCAUCGACUGGCCCGGAUUCCUGCGGGAGAACGUUGCCUACAUCCUGGCCGCGCGCCCCAACAGCGCAGCCCUGCACCUGCAGCCCCUUGCCUAGACCCGGCCGCGCCUCGAGGGCGCAGUGCCACGCCCGCCAUGGUGACCUGCCCCGCCCUCCCCCGCGGGCACAGCCAGGCGCCGAUUGGCUGGCAGGGAAGCGGCCAUGCUGCCCUAUGCCCCACCUCCCCCUUGGAUUGGCUGUGAAGAGGAUGGGUGCCAGGCUCUGAUUGGCUGAGGGAGCAGGAGCAGCUCUCGAGUCUCUGAUUGGUGGGGGGAAGUAGGGCGGGGCAGGGCGUGUCCCCACUGUUCUCUGCACCAGGCAGGGACCACGGUAGGCAAGGGUCCUGUGCUGGGGGUCACCGUGGGGCACAAGGGGCAGGGAACAUGCUGCCCCCAUGAUCCCUGUCCCCACAGCACCCAGGGACCUGCAGACAGAGCAGGGGCUGCCCUGGGUACUUGUGGGGUGACAGCAGAACCCAGAGCACCCAUGUGUCCCCAGCCUCCCACAGCAUCAUGGGGCAGCACAGCUGAGCCUCUGCGUGCCACAGGCAGCGCCCACGGG